CGGGUGAAGCCGAAGCGGGAGGGGGGGGAGAAAUGAGAAGGGCUGGCGUUGCCAUAGCGGCGGCGAAGAGGGCGGUGGGGAAAAGGCAGCGGCGGAGGGAAGGGGACCCGGAAGAGCAAAGGAUUGUAAACCUCCGCCAUGAAUUUUGAAGGUCUUGACCCAGCCCUCGCAGAGUAUGUACCUGCCCUGCAUCCUGCUCUGGAUCCGCACCUCAAUGCUAGCCUACUACAGAAUGUGGAGCUGGAUCCAGAGGGGGUGCCGUUGGAGGGCAUCCCUGUGCCUGACUCAGUGCAUAUCAUGGAGGGCAUGUACUCGGAGCUCCACACCGUUGUCUCUGAAGUGGGCGUUCCUGUCUCCUUCUCACACUUUGACCUACAUGAAGAAAUGCUCUGGGUUGGGAACCAUGGGGGUCAUGCCACUUCUUUCUUCGGCCCAGCCCUGGAGCGUUACUCUUCCUUCCAGGUGCAUAGUAAUGAUGACAUUCGACAGAUCCAGAGCCUAGAGAAUGGGGUACUCUUCCUGACCAAAAACAACCUCAAAUAUAUGUCCAGAGGGGGACUUAUAAUCUUCGAUUACCUCAUGGAUGAGAGUGAGGACAUGCACAGUCUACUACUGACUGAUCCCAGCACCCUGCUUGUUGGGGGGCUCACAAGCCAUGUGAUAGAGAUAGACCUCAAUACAGUCCAAGAAACUCAAAAGUACACAGUGGAAGUGCCUGGGGUCACUAUCAUGAGACAGUCAAACCGUUUUUUCUUCUGUGGCCACACAUCAGGAAAGGUUUCCUUGCGUGAUCUCCGCACUUUUGCUGUGGAGCAUGAGUUUGAUGCUUACUCCGGUAGUCUGUCAGAUUUUGAUGUCCACGGCAACCUGCUGGUGACCUGUGGCUUCUCCAGCCGAAUGAAUGGCCUAGCCUGCGAUCGCUUCCUCAAGGUGUAUGACCUGCGCAUGCUGAGAGCCAUCACACCUCUGCAGGUCCACAUUGACCCUCUGUUUCUGAAGUUCAUUCCUACGUACACAUCUCGCCUUGCCAUCAUCUCCCAGACAGGUCAGUGUCAGUUCUGCGAACCCACCGGAUUGGCCAAUCCGGCCGACAUCUUCCACGUCAAUACCGUGGGCCAGUUGAUCAUGAGCUUUGAUGUGUCUGCCAGCAAACAAGCCAUGGUUUUUGGAGACUCCGAGGGCUGUGUCCACCUGUGGACUGACUCGCCCGAGAUCACCUUCAAUGCCUACUCCCGGGAGACUGACUUCGCUUUGCCUUGCAUUGUGGACACCUUGCCCCACCUUGACUGGAACCAGGAUCUCAUGCCUCUGUCGCUUAUACCUGUGCCGCUGACCACCGAGUCCCUGUUGUCAGAUUGGCCGGUUUCUAACUCUGCCCCUGCUCCCAGACGAGCCCCAGCGGUUGACCCAGAGAUCCUUCGUGCUAUGAAGAAAGUUGGCUUCAUUGGAUAUGCGCCAAACCCCAGGAACAAACUCCGAAACCAGAUUCCCUAUCGACUGAAAGAGCUGGACAACGAGUUUGAUAAUUUCAGCCAGGUCCCUGAAUCCCCCAUUGGACGGGAAGAGGAGCCGCAUAUCUACAUGGUGGCAAAGAAAUACAGGAAGGUCACAAUUAAAUACUCCAAGUUGGGCUUGGAGGACUUUGACUUCAAACAUUACAACAAGACUCUCUUUGCCGGCCUAGAGCCCCAUAUUCCAAAUUCCUACUGCAACUGCAUGAUCCAGGUCCUGUAUUUCCUAGAGCCGGUGCGCUGCCUGGUCCAGAACCACUUGUGCCAGAAAGAGUUCUGCCUGAGCUGUGAGCUGGGCUUCCUCUUCCACAUGCUGGAUUUGUCCAGAGGAGACCCUUGCCAGGGCAGCAACUUCCUCCGCGCCUUCCGCACCAUUCCGGAGGCAGCCGCUUUGGGGCUGAUCUUGGCCGACUCUGACGAGGCUACAGGGAAAGUGAAUCUAGGCCGUUUGGUUCAGAGCUGGAAUCGCUUCAUUCUGACCCAGCUCCAUCAGGAAACACAAGAGCAGGAGGGACCUCAGGCUUACCGGGGCAUUGGCAGCAGCAACUUUGGAUCUUCAGGGGACUCGGUCAUCGGGCAGCUUUUCAGCUGCGAAGUGGAGAACUGCAGCAUGUGUCGCUGUGGCAAAGAGACUGUCCGAGUAUCGUCCACACUCCUCUUUACAUUGUCCUACCCUGAGAGCAACGAUAAAAUCAAGGAUUAUGAAUUUGCUCAGAUCUUAAAGCGAAGCAUCUGCCUGGAACAGAACACCCAAGCCUGGUGCGAAAACUGCGAGAAAUACCAGCCCACGGUCCAGACCCGCAACAUCCGCUGCCUGCCUGAUGUUUUGGUCAUUAACUGUGAAGUUAACAGCUCCAAGGAGGCAGAAUUCUGGAAGAUGCAGGCAGAGUAUGCCUUUAAGAAGUUGAUGAUGAAGAAAGGUGGUCUGGAACUCCCCCAAAGUAGAGAAAUACCUGUUGGGGAAUGGAACGAAGUGGGAAUGGCAGAGGGAGGGCAUUCUUAUACCUCCAUUGAAGAGCUGAAGAACAUCUGGAUUCCUUAUUCUAUCAAGAUGAAGCUCUCCAAGAACAAGGAACUGGAGGUUUACAACUGGGAUGAAAGCACAGAACUGACUGUGUUGGAUGACCAGGAGUCAACGUACGUCUACGACCUUAUGGCAACCAUUGUGCACAUUCUGGACUCCCGGACUGGGGGCAGCCUGGUGGGGCACAUAAAAGUGGGGGAGACCUACCACCAAAGGAAGGAGGGUGUCACACACCAACAGUGGUACCUUUUCAAUGACUUUCUCAUUGAGCCUGUGGAUAAGUGUGAGGCCGUGCAGUUCGACAUGAGCUGGAAGGUGCCUGCCAUCCUUUAUUACGUGCGGAGGAACCUCCACUCCAAGUACAAUUUAACCAUUAAGAACCCUAUCGAAACCAGUGUGCUGCUCGCCGAGGCCUCGCUCGCCCGUAAGCAGCGCAAGUGUCACGCCACUUUCAUCCCGCUCAUGCUGAAUGAGAUGCCCCAGGUGGGGGACCUGGUGGGGCUGGAUGCUGAAUUUGUCACCCUCAACGAGGAGGAGGCUGAGCUUCGCAGUGACGGGACCAAAUCCACUAUCAAGCCCAGUCAGAUGUCGGUGGCCAGGAUUACGUGUGUGAGGGGGCAGGGUCCCAACGAGGGCGUUCCCUUCAUCGAUGAUUACAUUUCCACGCAAGAACAGGUGGUGGAUUACCUCACUCAAUACUCGGGAAUAAAGCCGGGGGAUCUGGAUGCCAAAAUCUCCUCCAAACACCUCACCACCCUCAAAUCCACCUACCUGAAACUACGCUUCCUCAUCGAUGUCGGGGUCAAGUUUGUGGGUCAUGGAUUGCAAAAAGACUUCCGGGUCAUCAACAUCAUGGUUCCCAGGGACCAGGUGAUUGACACCGUCUACCUGUUCCACAUGCCCAGGAAGAGGAUGAUCUCGCUGCGCUUCCUUGCCUGGUAUUUUUUGGAUCUGAAGAUCCAAGGGGAGACUCACGACAGUAUUGAAGAUGCACGCACUGCCCUCCAGCUGUACAGGAAAUAUGUGGAGCUGAGCACUGGGGGCUUGGAGCCCGAGGAGUUCCGCAAAGUGCUGAAGGGCCUGUACGAGAAAGGGAGGAAGAUGGACUGGAAGGUGCCUGAACCUGAUGGCCAAAGCAGCCCCAAGAGUGCCGCUGUGUUCCCAACAGUGCUGUCCCUCUGAUCCUCAAGACCUCGCCAAAUCCCGUCUUUUCUGAGCUCUCUUCAGGAGGGGACUGUCAAAGAAUCUGCUCCCCAAGACCUGGACUUCCUAGGACGUGGAUUAUAAUGCAUAUGCGUGUAUGGAAAGGGAAGGCUGUGGUAGUUAGCAGGCACUCUGCACAUUUCCAGGGGCCAAGGGAAUUCUGCCAGAGUGCCUCUGUCCCUGUUUUCCUUGCCAGUUUUCGUAGAUCCCAGAAAUCCUACAUAAGUAGGGACAAGAGAGUGUGUACAGCAGUACCCUUUGGUAACCACAUGGGGGCACAGUUACACUGAAAGAGCUGUUCUCAUGGUUUGAAUGCUGAACAUACACACUUCUCGAGGGCACUUAACGCCAGACUAUUCUCACAUGUAUUUUGUAUAAAAGGGGUGAGUGAAACCAGAUCUGUGACUUGCUCCGAUCCAUCCUUUCUGUGUCCAUUGAUGCCAUUAGCAGAGUGGAUCUGGAUGAGCUUGCACCUGUUUUUAUCUUCUGGCUCGGAACUGUUCCUGAAACAACGUAGAUCUGGACUCCACUGCCGUUGGACUUCCGUGGCUUUUAAACUGUUUUGUAUUUUGUCCGUGAAUUGUGGUCAAGGCGUCUACGAAAUGUAAUCAAGCUGUAAAAACACUGCAAGUGUUUCGGAUACUCCUUUGUAGUUCUGCCUUUCCUUUGCUUGCUUGUCCUGUUUGCUUUCUUCUUUUUUUCAUUUUGAAUUGUAGUCAUCCCUGGUCCCCCUGAAAAUAUAAUGUCAUUAAUGUGUAUCUACAAAGCCAGGCUUUACAACACUUCCAGCUUCAGAACUCUGCCCCAAACCUUGUGUCAAGCAAAUCUUGAUGACCAGGGAGUCCACUGUGUGUGUGUGUGUGUGUGUGUGUGUGAGAGAGAGAGAGAGAGAGAGAGAGAGAGAGAGAGAGAGAGUUUGUGGCAGAAUUGAGAAUGAUUUUAAAGGGCAUAAUAUCAAACAGAAAGAGGAGAAUAUAUUGGGAUACUGAAGUAGAGAGGAAAUGAAUGGCGAAAAGGUAAAUGGCAGCUAAAGUUGGGUUCAUCUGUGAAAAAGGCAGGCCUUCUGUAUGGGAUGCUGUGGAGCCAAUCAUGGUUUAGGAUGUGAACUUGCCCCUAAGAGAAGGGCUUAGUAGCAAUGAGAUAUCAAAAGCAGAGCAGCUAGACGCAUUAAGAGUGUUUGUAUUGGGUGGGGAAUUUUUUCUAGCCAGUGGGCCGGAUCUUUUUACCUCCCUUCUCAGUAGGAGUGGAUAGCUGUGAAUGGGCUAUUACAUAAUUUUAGCUCCACCCACUCUUUGCACCCUCCCCUGAAUGUUACCCUCAAUGAAAUGUCCUUAGGCUGACAAUCUCCACUUUUAAUAAAAUGACUUGCUUUC